CCACUGCUACUGAGAGUGGAAGGUGAAGUCCUUUUUUAUACCUGGGGUAAUUUUCCACUAAUUUUGUUUGCUAACAGUGUUAAAUCUAAGGAACAUUGCCCACCCACCCCAGCUCCACUCUCUGUUUCCUACAAGAACAUGAAAAGGAGCGCCUCGCAGAUCUCCCUGGAUACCGUCUCCCUGGACAGCAUGGGAUUGGAAGAGCAGCUGGAGAGUGACGGAAGCGAUAGCCACGUGUUGCUGGGGAGAGCAAUUAAAAGGAACUCAAGUACAAGUUGCCAGAGCCCGGCAGAGAGUGGGAACAUUAAUGCAAACAUGCAGAAUUGUGGGGAAGCCUCUCCAGAUGCUGUCAGCACCACCUCAGAGGGCACACAGGAGCACCGUGAUGAUCUGGUAACAGCCACAGUUCUGUGGGGAAACGCCACUGUCCUUCAUGCUUGGUGCGUGCAUGUCUAGGGAGCUUCAUUCAUA